UUUCGGGGAAUUUCGAGCGCCGCCAGCUCACGAGAUGGACGCGAUGCGGUCGCUUCAGUGGAUCGCGCUGCUCGAAAAGAUCGACCGACGACACCUCGAAGCAACGUGGGUAUAUCCAAGUGUCCCCAAGGACCACCUGCAAGUGCUGCUCCAUCGCAUUAACAUGGAUGCGCCGCGACCCGACAAGUUCUUUGUAAAGUUCCAAGACGCAUGGGUAUACGCGAGUCACCCGUUGGUCGCGACCGAGGCCGUGGUAGUCGUUGCGAGCAAGUGCUUUGACCCGGAGAAGUAUGCCGCGUUGCUGGACGUAUUGGUCGGCGAGUUCGAAGCCGCGUCGUCGUCCCCUCUGGCGCUGCUUCGCGUCUAUCUUGAGCUCCUCACAGCGGGGCAGUACACCAACCCGUCGACCAACGUCUCGUUUGUGUGGAAUAAGAAUCAAGCGAUCGCGCCGUACGUCCCUACCGCGUACACUCUACAGACAUUUAUGCACAUGUUUCAAGACGACAGCGCGAUCGUGUGGCUCGCGAUCUUGGCCAAGAAGAGAGUCGUCGUGGUGAGUGACACGGUCGACGAGCUGCUCGAGACAACGCGGUGUCUGCCGCAAUUUGCAUGGCAUCGUCAAGACUGGAACAUCCUGCGCCCGUUCACGAGACUGACCCGCGCGGAACUGCAUGACCUUGACGCGAUCGGAGUGUACAUCGCUGGCGUGCUCGUUGCGGACCUUGUGCAAGCUUCCGCGCCGCCGCCAUACGACGUUCUCGUCGAUGUGUCCAAGCGCAGCGUGGUUGUGGCGGAAGGAGCAGCUGGCCUCCUCUUUGCAGGGAUGGCCUGGCACAACGAAUGCACAGAAUUCGUGGCUCGGCUCCGCCGCCACCACCAACACGACGCGAACCACGUCUUGGACGACGUUGCGAACAAGACGUUGGGACUCAUCGACUCGCUCAGGACGAACGCACUCACCACUGUCGAUGGCAUCGAGGAACCGUUGAUGUGGGCCGUCGCCGUGGCCGAAGAGCUCGUAUAGGUGGACCCCCCCCACCGGUUAAACAAUUCAACUGCGUGGUUGAGCUGCAAUA